AAUUAUCAGGCCCUUUAGUAUAUAUCUAUAUAACACCUACAGACUAGCUAGUUGUGACAAAAUAAUUAUAUAGUAGUAUACACAAGCAAUGGCUAGCCUACUUCUUUUUGCCGUCAUUUUUAGCCUUUACUUUGGUCCCUCGUUCACCACUAACAAAGACUGGAACUAUCUGAAUGUUCCUUGCAAUGAAGGAAAUGUAUCCUUUGAAGCAUUGAGAACUGUAACUAGCAAGACAGAUAUACACCUGGAUCACUGUACAUUUAAUCUGAGGUCCCUACUAAAUAUUUCAGACAUAAACGACCUUCGUAUUAUUGGCAGUGGUGAUGGAACAGUGAUUAACUGUACAAGUGGCAAUGCUGGUCUAUUGUUCACAAGGAUUACUAACCUUUUGUUAGAGAGUUUGAUUAUACGCAAUUGUGGAGUAAAAGUGCAUGGUGAUGAUGGGUUGCAACUUGCUAGCGUUCAAAUCGUGGAAGGUAAAAAAGUAACCAUCAUGAAUGUGACUAUAGAAAAUGGUACAGGAACUGGUUUAUCUCUUGUCAACAUUAAGGGUGCUGUGAUGGUUGAGAAUUGCAUAUUUCGCCACAAUCUAUAUUAUGUAGAUCGAAUGUAUCGUGCUGGGAAUACUAUAUAUAAUGACUUUACCCAAAGAGGUGGAGGUAUGCAAAUAAUUCUUGGAAGCCAAAUUAUUAAAAAACACUACAAUAGUACAUAUAGCAUUCAAGGGUGCCAGUUUUUGUACAAUUAUGCUUCCAGUGGGGGAGGUCUAUUUGUUAUGAUUUCUCAUGCAAAGAACAAUUGUGUUAUUAUUGAAAAUAGUACCUUUACUGAGAAUAGAUGCCAAAAUGGUGGAGGCGGAGUACAGUUUGGCUAUGCAGUUCCUCGUCAUCGUUUCUCACAAAAAGUAAAAGCAAACUUAAUUAUAUUCCAAAACUGUAUGUUUAAAGGCAAUGCAGCUGGGUAUGGUGGAGGAGCAUCAAUAUUCUCUUCUUUGCAUUUGAAAAACAUGAUUAAGCUGGAAGAUUGUUUAUGGACUAGAAAUACCGCCACUAAACAUGGAAUGGCCCUUGAUAUUGCUACUGCUCCUUGGGAGACAUAUAAUAGGGCUGAUGAUUUUCCUAAUCUUACACCUACGUUCAGAUGUUGUAGUUUUACAAACCAUACUCAUUCUGCUUUUCUCAGCAGCCCGAAAAGUGUUUUCACCGUAACAAGAUACCAGGUAACUUUUGAGGGGGAAAUACUUUUUGAAAGAAACAAUGGUACUGCAAUUGAGGCCACAUCAGCUGAACUGAAUUUCGCUAAACAAUCGAAUGUUAAAUUUAUUAACAAUCAAGGAAUCGAUGGUGGGGCAUUGAGAUUGAAAGGAGUAUCCAUGAUGAUUGUUCAGAAGUAUUCUACAAUUUUGUUUUGGAAAAAUAGGGCUGUGAAAAGUGGAGGUGCCAUAUACGUUGAUUCUUCUGACAGACUUUCUGAGCCUUUUUGUUUUAUUAAGACCAAAAGCAUCAAAAACCAAACUUUCUUCAUAUUCAAAGAUAAUACAGCAGGUUUUGAAAAUUCUCGACAAAGAGGUGACUCAAUAUAUGCUUCAUCUAUUUUGCCCUGUCUUGAAAGAUGUUCACAUGAUUUUCUAUAUAACGUGUCAGUGCCAGAAGCGUUAGAAUGCAUGGGUAACUUCGUAUUUGAGGCAGUAAGUUCUAGACGACAGCUUAUCUCUGCACCACAUCAUUUUUCAAGAAUUGAUUUAGCGAGUGAGCAAGAUUCAAUGUGUAUGUUGUUUAUGGUGAAUGAAACAAUUUACUCAAACCAGAAUUACGUUGUGAUGAAUGUCGAGGACUGUAUUGAUAUGCACGGAUGUUUGAAAGCCAUACCUGGCAAAACUACCAAGAUACCUCUUAAACUAGUGGAUGAACUUUGUGGAGAAGUUAUUUUUCAUAUAUCAGUAGAAGUGUUGAAUUCAAACAAUGGAAGUAUAUUUAUUGAUUCAACACACUCAAUAAUUACCAACAAUUUUAUCACAAUAUAUGGAAAUCCAAAUGACUUCGGCACUUUACAGUUUUCUGCUCCUGGAGUAUCUUGUGUCAAACUGUCUGUCAAAUUAGAUGAUUGCCCCCCUGGUUAUAUACAUGAUAAUAUCAGUAAGAGUUGUGUGUGUUCUUCGGCUACACUAUUAAGCUAUGAUGGAAUUGAGAAGUGCAGCGAAACUAACUUCACAGCGUACGUACAUCAUGGGUAUUGGUUGGGAUACACCAUUAAUAAGACUAAGACACGACAGGACCGCUUAGCUUCUGCGAUAUGCCCCAAAGGUUUUUGCAUCACUACAUUUUCCUCAGCUGAAUACCCACUAACAAAUGUAUCUUUGGACGAUUUGAGCCCAUACAUCUGUAACGAAAAAAGAAAAGGCAUUAUUUGUGGCAGUUGCAAAAAACAUAACUCUGCAUAUUAUCGCUCUUCUUCAUUCUCAUGCAAACCCAAUAAUUUGUGCUACCUGGGAUGGUUAUUCUACAUUCUGUCCGAGAUAAUUCCGGUAACUGUUUUGUUCUUUAUUGUCAUUUACUUCAACUUGUCAUUCACAUCUGGUGCCUUGAAUGGUGUUAUUUUCUUCAUGCAAAUAAUAGAUACUUUUAAAAUCGAUGGUGAAAACUUUAUACAAUUCACUAAAGAAGUAAAACAACUGGCACGGAUUCACAAGCUUGUUUAUCGUGUAUUUCUACUCAAAUUUGUUGCUCUUGAAGAAGCUUCGUUUUGCCUUUGGGAAGGUGCUACUGCCCUUGACAUGCUAGCGUUUAGGUAUGUCACUAUCAUGUACAGCUUGUUUCUAGUAAUUGUUACCGUCAUCUUCCUAAAGAAAUGUACAUUCCGACUUCGCUGUUAUCAGGUAUCAAAACAGUUAAAAAACGAACAACUAAACUUGAAGCAUUCCAUACUUAAUGGACUGUCAGCAUUUCUGGUGAUGAGUUACUCUGAAUGCACACGAGUGUCUCUGAUGAUUCUAACUACUGGAACACUGACCGUUGGACCUACAACUAAACAAAAGUUUGAGCCUGUCGUCUUCUAUAAUGGAGAGUAUUCCUUCAUGGGUAAAGAACAUUUGAAGUAUGCGUUGCCAGCCCUUUUCUUCCUUUUUACGAUUGUAGUUGUACCUCCAAUACUUUUGAUUGUCUACCCACUGUGUUACAAACUGUUCGCUUUGCUGAGGAUAAACGAAUCAAAGUGUGUCCAAAUUACAUGUAAGGUCAUUCCCUUAGAGAAAAUCAAGCCGAUGUUCGAUUCCAUUCAGGGUGCAUUCAAGGACCAAUACCGUUUCUUUGCUGGGCUGUAUUUCGUUUAUCGACUCGGUGCUUCUCUUACCUUUUCGUUCCCAAGUGCUUUGAAAACAUAUUACACUGCAACUGGUGCUCAGUUGAUAUUCAUGUUGAUGGUACAUGCAGUGUGUUGUCCUUACCGACAAAAGUGGCACAACGUUUUGGAUGCCCUCUUGUUCUCAAUCCUAGCCAUGAUCAAUGCAAUAUCGUUCUUCAAUUAUAAACGUAAUCAAUCGGAUGUAACGUAUUUAGCAGGAGUUCAAUGCGUACUAAUUUUGCUUCCAUUGGUAUAUUUGGUCAUAUAUACCACAUACAACAUCUAUUUGAAGAUUAAGACUGCCAUGGCCUCAUGCUCAAAAAGAAACGAUACAGAAGACGAAGAUCACGAUUUAAAUGGGAUUUUAGAUAUAGUGGAUGCAAGAAUUAUCGAACAAGAAGAUGUUGGGGAAACAAAUGAUUACAUGUUACUGAAAGCGAAGUAGGAAAGUGUCAACAAUUAAUAUUCUCACGCAGUAUAUAUAUAAUUAUACAUAAUAAUAAUGCAUAAUUAUAAUUAUUACGCAUACAUUAUACACAUACAAUCACUACAAUCACUGUAUUUGUGCUUCACAUGCAGUAAAAUUCGUAAAAAUUAUGUCAUCACAAUGCACAU